AAAAUUUGAUCUGCCUGAUGGUGGAACUGUUCUAUUGCCAAGUAGCAUUUUCAUGUUUGGAGAACUUCUCGAGUUGAAAUUUCGUGGAUAUAAGAGUUUGCUAUUAUCUAAUGAAGGUGGUGUGGAGCAAAUGCCCUCAGUGUCAGCAUCAUCAACCACAAAACGCAUUGAUUUGUCUUCAUGCAAUAUGUCAGAUAAAUUCCUCCAAAUAUUUAUCUCUCAAUUUUCUAAUGUGCAAGAGUUGAACUUGUCAGAAAGUCAUUUCACAAUUCUCCCAGAAUGUAUCAAAGAUUGUCACCUUUUGAGAAUUCUAUAUCUGACUAGCUGUAAGAAUCUUCAAGAGAUUAGAGGGAUUCCACCCAACAUAGAAAUCUUGAAUGCAACUGACAAUACAUCCUUGAAUUGUUCAAGUAGAGAAGCAUUAUCAGAUAAGAAAUUGCAUGAGGAGGGUAGAAAGAGGAGAUUCAUUUUGCCAGGAACAAGGAUACCAAGUUGGUUUGAGCAUCAGAGGAGUGGAGAAUCAGUUUCUUUCUGGUUCCGUAAUAAGUUCCCUGCCAUAUCACUUUGUUUUCUUUUCACGGAAGCACUUGAAUUUGAUGAUCAAUGUUCUCUUUUCCCUCAUUUAAAAUUGGUCACCCAUGACAAUGACAAUGGUGGGUGCAUAUUUAGUGAUCAAAAUGAAAGUUGCCCGCGUGCUACUCGCGGCCAUAUGAGGAUUUAUGAUUUAGAAGAUGAUGAGGGUCAACAGUUUCAACAAAAUGAAUGGAAUCAAGCGGUGGUCUCUCUUUCAGUUGAAGAUAAGUCUGGUGAGAGGGAACUGAGGCCAGAGGAGUGGGGCAGCAUAGAAAUUUGAGUGCAUAUAAUAGAAGAAAGAAGUAGCAUGGAUGAUAUCCAAUUCACUCUUCCACUUUUGGACAAAGAUCAUCAUAAAGCACUGCACAUGAAAGAUUCUCACAAGCAUCAUAUGCAGUAACAACAAACAAGUUUGCCUUCAUUGCAACCGGUUGAUAAUCUGAAUUGGGACCCUCGUUCCUACAUCGUUCGCAGACUUUACAUUAAACCCAAUAGAUCAGAGCUCGCGUUAUGGUCUCCUGUCACCGAUGUUUCUUUAUGCAUCACUCAGACCCAAGACCACAUGCCAUCUUCAAAAAAGGCUCCAGGUGAAUCUUCUCGUACCUCGUGUCGUGGGGAUACUCUAAAUAUUCAUGGCUCAAGUCCCCUGUCAUUAAGUGGCAAGGCUAGUGAAGAAGAUGUACCUUCAAUAUCCAGUUAUACUGCUUCAUCAACAUCAACUGACAAAUAUUUGGGCUAUGAAAAUGUAACAAGUGAUGAUGAUGAUGUAGAAAUGAAUGCCUUUUAUGCUUCACUAGAUGUUUCUGGCAUCCCUAUGCUUCCUUGUUCCCGUGAUAAGUUGGUCACCACCACUGUUUCGAAAGAUAAAGAGGCCAGAGAAGCAUUGAGAUCAGUACAACACGUCAUCUCGCAUGAUGCUUCAGUUUUGCUGCAUCCUGAAUUGUGCAGUAUCUUGAAAGCCAACCUAGAUCACCUCUGCAAGUUAUCUGCAGAUCAUGGCAGAAUAUCAAGAGAAGCUAGCAAAGUGAUAUCAGAAGCUUCACGGGUUUUGACUCAUUGGAGUAGGGACUACAGUGAAGGAAGUGUGACAAUUGAUUCUAUAAUGUCCCAUUUGCAGAAAGCUGAUGAACUGGAAAUGAGUCUGGAAAGUAACAAGAAAAGGUUCUUGGAAGUUGGGCAACUCAAUGUCGAUAAAGCUAUGUCUGUUUCUCAAAUCGAAGCUGGCAUGUUUCGUAAGAGAAAGAGAGAGAUUUUUGAGGAAGGAAAGACAGUCAAAACUCAGUUGGACGAGUUAAAGAAGAAUUUACUGCAAUGGGAACAUGAGCAUACUUUGGCAAAGAAAACUCAGGCAACAAUCGUAGCUGAAUGGUCAAGACUGCGAGAGAAUUUUUAAAAUAUUGAGAAAGACUGGAAUUUUUAAGAACUCCACUAGAGUUCUCAUCAUAAAUGAUGAAUCUAAACGAUUGUAGAAUUGUGCAUUUCUCAUUUAUGGUUUGCUAACAUUUGAAGGUGGCCAAAUGCUUAUGG